AUGACACCGUCGGUUCCCCUAGGUUAUCCUCAUCCUAAAGAUGAAGCACAUAUAGAAUUACAACGAGAUGAUUCCAAACCUUCAGAAUUUUCCGAUUUAUCACCAAUUUUCCAUUGUAUGUUGGCUGGAGGUCUUGGUGGUAUGGUAGGUGAUAGUUCAAUGCAUUCAUUAGAUACCGUUAAAACAAGACAACAAGGAUUACUGCAUAACAUCAAAUACAAAAAUAUGGUGCCAGCAUAUAUAACUAUUUUUAAAGAAGAAGGUUUCUUUAGAGGUCUUUAUGGUGGUUAUACUCCAGCCAUUUUAGGUUCUAUUCCUUCAACCAGUGCAUUUUUUGGAGUAUAUGAAUUUAGUAAGAGGAAAAUGAUCAAUGACUUCCAUUUGAAUGAAACUUUUUCUUAUUUUAUUGCAGGGAUUUUAGGUGAUUUAGCAUCUAGUGUUUUUUAUGUUCCAUCAGAAGUAUUGAAAACUAGACUUCAAUUACAAGGUAGAUAUAAUAAUCCUUAUACCAAAGGUAGUGGUUAUAACUAUAAUGGUUUAAUCGAUGCUAUAAAGACCAUAGCCAGAAAUGAAGGUCCUCGUACAUUUGUAUUUGGAUACAAAGAAACUUUAUUUAGAGAUUUACCCUUUAGUGCAUUACAAUUUGCAUUUUAUGAAAGAUUUAGACAAAUCGCCAUGUCAUAUAAUCAAACUGAUGAUUUACCUAUAUCGGCAGAAUUAUUAACUGGUGCUUCAGCAGGUGGUUUAGCAGGUAUCAUUACAACUCCUUUAGAUGUAAUUAAAACAAGAAUUCAAACUGCCACUGAAACAAACCCUGCAAAUAAAAUUUCAACCAUCAGAGCUUUAUCUUUGAUUUAUAAAAAUGAAGGUUUGCUCGGGAUGUUUAGUGGAGUAGGUCCAAGGUUUAUUUGGACUGGUAUUCAAUCAUCAAUUAUGCUUUUAUUAUAUCAAAUCUCUUUGAAAGAAUUUGAUGAUUUAUUAGGUAAAGGGAAUGUUUUGGAUUAG